GGGGGAAAGAAAAAGAGGAAUAGAACCACGGACACCCUUGUCAUCGGGCGGAGAACGAGAUCCCGGCGGCCUGGUCAUCGACGGCGGCAUCGAGGAGUAAGGCCAAGCUCCUCGAGAUCCGGUCGUCAUCGUCCACGCCCGGCAGCUACAAGCCCUUUCUCGCCGCUGGUUGAGGUUUCGGAUCGGUUCCACGGGCGGCGGCGCCAAAUCGAUUUCCGCGCCCGGUCGGGUCAGGAAGAGGCCGCGGAAUCCACCGGCUUCUGGUUCUAGAGGGGAGGACGGCGGUGCCGCGUGUAUCUGUCCGGUGAUUACGGGUGGAAGACGGCGGCGCCUGGUGCCGAGGCGUCCGAUUGGCCUGGAGCGGAUUGCUUGCGCCAAUCAACCAAGGCGGCCUAGGCAACUUCCGGCGAGGUAUCCGGCCAAGGCAUGUUUCCUCCAUCAAACAAGCCCUAAAUCUCCCGUAGUCUACCAUCGGCCCCCCUACAGCCGCCGCCAUCCAAGUUCCCAUUCUUCUUCACCGCGUUCCUGCUGUCUCCACCCAGUCCGGGACCUUUGGCCGUUGCGUUUUGAGGGAAGUAAGGUGACUGGAUCGAAAUGUAUGGCUCAUAGAAUUUACAUUGAUGAUCACACAUCCCGAAAUGUUUGUCACCCCAUGAAUUCUGUUGAGUACUGCACUUGUCUUGACUGUGAUUGGGCAAAUUCUGCAUUUGGAUUUAGCUGAUCAAAUCGGACAAUUCAGUUGGAAGUAACUAUGGAGCACCUCCCGGUUGAAGUUAUUGGCAACAUUUUUGCACAGCUUAGUGCUGCACGCGAUGUAAUGGUUGCCUCUGGGGUCUGUCGGAAGUGGCGGGAGGCCUGUAGGAAGCAUCUCCACUCACUGUCCUUCAACUCUGACGACUUCCCUCGAGACAUGACUACACGUCAACUGGAGAUCGUCAUCACGCAGACUAUAUUUCAGACGAUGGGGCUGCAGUGCCUCUCUAUACAUAUAGAUAACACACAUGAGUUCUCCGCAGCACCUGUGAUUGCAUGGUUAAUGUAUACCAGGGAUACGCUCCGAUGCUUGUAUUACAACAUCCAAACCAACCCUAAUGUGAACAUCCUGGAGAAGUGUGGGAGACAGAAGCUGGAGGUGUUGGAUUUGGACCAUAACACAAUCACCGGUGUUGAACCUAGCUACCAGAGGUUCACUUGUCUUAAGUCCCUCUAUUUGAGGCAUGUGAGCAUUUCUGCCCUGGAUUUGAGCCUUUUAGUUGCUGCUUGUCCAAAGAUUGAGUCACUGGCACUCGAUGUCCUUGAGAUUGUCACUUCUGAUCCGCUGUCUACAAUGGAAUUGACAAGCCAUACCUUGAAAAGCCUUUUUGUAAAAACAGUCGGUGUAGACAAGAUCAUACUCGAUGCAGAUAAUCUGGAGGUCCUGCACCUGAAUGCUUUGAACCUUGAUUUGUUUGAGCUCUCUGGGAAGGGUACACUAAAGCAUCUCAAGAUUGAUGAUGUGAGUGUUACACAUUUGGAUAUUGGGGAGAGUACAGAUCAUCUGGAGGUCGUGGAUGUGAGUAACUUCAUGAUAGUCUGGCCAAAGUUCUACAAUAUGAUUUCUAGAGCUUGUAACUUGCGGACACUACGUUUAUGGGGUGUUGUGUUUGAUGAUGAGGAUGAGAUUGUGGACUUGGAGACUAUUGCUGUUUCAUUUCCUCUUCUAAGGCAUCUUUCACUAAGUUAUGAAUUACGAGAUGGGCUACUUCAUUAUAGCCUCCAAGGAUUGUCACCACUAGAGAAUGUAUUGGUUCUGGAACUUGGCUGGACAGUAAUAAGUGAGCACUUUGGACCCUGGGUGUUUGGAAUGAUUGAAAAGUGUCCAAAUCUCAAGAAACUUGUCAUUCAUGGUGUUCUUUCUGAGGCAAAAACACGCGAAGAGCGCAAGAUGUUAGCAAGCUUCACCUCUUUUAUAGUCUGUCUCAUGAGAAAGUAUGUGCAUGUUGAUGUGCAAUUUGAGUAUGAGUGAUUAUCCACUAGGUCAAGUGGGCACCCUUAUCCUAGUUCUGUUCAAGUCGUGACAUCAGUUCGCUUUCUAUCCUACUUCAUGAAAACCACAUGGUUUAUAAUCGGCAGCUGGACGUAGCAUUGCACAUGGAUGGAGACAGUCGGGGUGACCUAUUCACAAAAUUGAAAAUUCCUGCAUUUGCCAAUGCAUGAUGCAAAACCCCAUUUAUUUUCUGAGAAAUCAUCUCCCUUUAUUCUACUACAUUUGUUCAACUGAAGUGAAUUGAUUCAGUUGAGAUUUAGAUGCACAUCAUGUCAACAUCUUUUGGAUAUUCAUGACACAGCAUUUGAUUCGAAA